AUGCCCGCAAAGGCUCGUCCAGUCGAGAAGAUUGCCAAGGCUGCUGCCCAGUGCUCCGUAGAGGCUGCGGCUUAUGGCAAAUGCGUGGUUUCGGACUACAGCUCCGUUCACAAGGAUAUGUGUGCAAAGGAGUUUAUGAGAUUGAAGGAUUGUGUACUCGCUGCCUCGAAAAAGGGUUGA